CAUAUGUAUCAGUGAAAGUUAAAAUCCUAAGAUACAUCUCAUAAUCUAAAGUCCCUGCCUCACACAAAGGGGGGCAAACCUCCACAUCUGUAUAAAAGUCAAAAAUCGGUAAACCUUCGGCACAUUCACUUGAGACACGAGAUAACAAUGAGGGCAUUCCAAAUUUGUACCCUGGUACUCACCGUUCUCGGUACCAUCUCUUGUGGAGAUGUUAAAAAAGAUAAAAGAGGCGUUUUGGGAUUAGGGUACGGAGGAUUGGGACAUGGGUCCGGGAUCGGAUACGGCGCCGGAUUAGGCCAUAUUGGGUCCGGGGGCUUAGCCUUAUCCGGAGGACAUGGGUCCGGGAUCGGAUAUGGCUCCGGGAUUGGGUAUGGCGCCGGACUAGGCCAUAUUGGGUCCGGGGGCUUAGCCUUAUCCGGAGGAUACGGUUAUGGAGGUCUUGGAGGCCUUAGCAGUGGUUCCAUUGCUCUUGGUGGUCUUAGCGGCGGUUCUAUUGGUCUCGGUGGUUUAGGCGGCGGUGGCUUAGGCGUCAUCGGAGGCGGCACCAACACCGUCACCACGAUCAAUCGAGCUGUACCCAUUCCGGUACCACAACCCGUUCCCGUAACAGUCAACCGUCCCGUUCCCGUCCCAGUACCACAACCAUUUGCCGUUCCGGUACCACGACCCGUCCCUGUCGCAGUUCCCAGGCCAGUACCAGUGACGGUUACCCGCACCUAUCCCGUCGAAGUUCCUCGUCCCGUUCCAGUACCUCAACAUGUGCCAGUACCAGUUUCGGUACCACAUCCGGUGCCAGUUGCCGUUCCACAACCUGUCCCAGUGACUAUUCCUCAACCUGUUCCAGUUCGGAUACCAACUCCUGUAGCCGUUCCAGUUGCCCAACCCGUCGCAGUCAGCUCCGGAAUCGGACUUGGUUCUAGUUUAGGAUAUGGGUCUGGAAUCGGGCUUGGGUCCGGAAUUGGACUUGGGUCCGGAUACGGACUCGGAGGCGGUUAUGCUAGUUCCAUAGGAUACGGUUCCGGAUUGGGACAUGGAGUUGGGUUGGGCUCUGGAGCUAUCUUGAGUGGAGGGCACGGAAUUGCUCUCGGAAAAGGAUGGUAAAACGUCUGUGAAUAUUCAUCUAAGUCUCAUGUGAAAUAAUUUAGUGUAAAUACGUUAUACGUAAAUAUAUAUUUUUACAAAAAAUCGUAGUUUCUUU